CACUCUGUUGUCGCCUGUUUUCGUAAAAGAUCGUGUAUCAUCGUGCGUCGAUUUUACAAUCCGUCAAAGUGCCGUGUACUGUCCGUUUUUCUCCGAACGAUAUUAUUCAAUUUUCCAGACAAAUCGUAUGUUCUUUAUAAAGUGUAAGUAAAGUAAUUCUUCUGUACGAAUUGGUACGAUUACCUCUUGCAACAAAUUGUCAGGCAAUAUUUCAUUAACUUAAAAGGUACAUCAUUUAAUUGGUACACGAAUUAUUUAUAUCUAUCGUACAUUCUUCACGAUGGAGGAUAUGCAGGAAGAGACUCAAUUUGUAGUGGACGAUGUGAGCAAAAUCAUCAAGGAAGCCAUCGAGGUAUCUAUUGGGGGUAAUGCAUAUCAACAUAGCAAAGUAAAUCAGUGGACAUCACAUGUUGUGGAAGGUUGUUUGGGAAAUCUUACUAAAUUACAGAAGCCUUAUAAAUACAUAGUAACUUGUACAAUUAUGCAAAAGAAUGGAGCAGGCCUUCAUACAGCUAGCUCUUGCUUUUGGGACAAUGCUACCGAUGGAAGUUGCACCGUUCGCUGGGAAAACAAAACAAUGUAUUGCAUAGUUUCAGUCUUUGGGCUGGCUAUCUAAGUAGCUUUGAGAGAAAAGACCUAGUUUGCUAAAAAUCAGAUUGUUCAAUGGUGUCUUAUGUUGCCUAAUAAUAAUAUUGUAACAGAAACAAAUUAAGGAAGAGUGUCUUAUAUUCAGAUACUAGAUCAACUGGUAUGAAGAGCGCAUACUAGGAAUUAUUAAAAAUUAUACAUUAAUUUUAUCUACUUUUGAAAUAUAUUCUUUUAAUAUUUUA